AUGGAAAACCUGACAGUGAGAAUUCCUCUCAAGCAGCCCAUCGUCUUUGAGCUGGAGGGCUUCUACGUCCCUCCGGGUUACGGCCCCUUGUUCUUCGUCCUGGCCCUGCUCACAUUCAUGGUGACCCUGCUGGGGAACGGUGUGGUGAUGUGGGUCAUCGUCACGGACAAGAGCCUUCACAGGCCCAUGUUUGUGAUGGUCUGUAACCUGGUGGUCUGCGACCUGCUGGGGGCCACGGCAGUGCUGCCCCGCCUCGUGAUGCAGUUCCUGACGGGGCAGAAGGCCAUCACCUACAUCCCAGCGAUCGUCCAGGCGUUCUGCGUUCACUCAUAUGGCGUCGCAAUGCAAACUAUUCUGGCUGUGAUGGCUUAUGACAGAUACAUCGCCGUGUGUGAACCUCUCAGGUAUCACUCCAUCAUGACCCCGGCUCGGCUGCACUGCUGCUGUGGUCUGGCCUGGUUCGUCGCCGCGCUCCUCAUCUUCGUCUUAUUCUCCUUCCACAUUAACGUUCCGCUGUGCGGCCGAACCAUCAAACACGUGUACUGCACCAACCGGGCCAUCCUUAGGCUGGGGUGUAUUUCCACCCCCGUCAGUAACAUCUACGGUUUAGCGAUGACCUGGUCUCUGAGUACCGGGGUCUUUCUCGUCAUCGCCUUCUCCUACACUAAAAUCCUGAGCGCCUGUCUGAAACAGGGACGGAGUGACAGAAGCGUCCGCACCAAGGCCUUCCAGACAUGUGCCACACACCUGCUGAUCUACCUGCUGUAUGAGAUCGCCACAGUCAUCAUCAUCAUGCUCUACAGGUUCCCCUCAGUCUCCAGGAACAUACAGAAGUUCUUAAGUAUCCUCUUCAUCAUCGUGCCCCCGGCGGUCAAUCCCUUCAUCUAUGGACUGAUCAUCGGAGAGCUGCGGGCCAGUGUCAGGAAGCACUUCACCACACGAGUUCACCCCAAGUUGAUGGAAAACGAAACAUUCAACAGCUUCAUGCUCCAGCUGGAGGGCCUAAACGUCUUUGAGGAGUACACCAUCCCUGUGUUCCUCUUCCUCCUGUUCUCCUACCUCUUCAUCAUGGUGUCCAAUGUGGGCAUUGUUAUCCUGGUUUUCACGGACAGGAACCUGCACCAGCCCAUGUACCUGCUCUUCUGCAACCUGCCCUUCAAUGACAUCCUGGGGAACUCCAUCAUGGUGCCUCGCCUGCUGAUCGACAUCCUCCUGCCCCCGUCCGAGCGCCUCAUCAGUUACUAUGAGUGCGUGGUUCAGGCUUUCACCACGCACAUGUUCGGCACCACCUCACACACCGUGCUCAUGAUCAUGGCCUUCGACCGCUACGUGGCCAUCUGCAACCCUCUGCGUUAUCCGUCCAUCAUGAACAACCGGAUGGUGCUGAAGCUGACGGCGUGGGCCUGGGGCGUGGCCUUCGUCCUGGUGGGGGUCCUACUGGGACUGACCGUGCGGCUCAGCAGGUGCAGGAGGGUGAUCAUGAACCCGUACUGUGAUAACGCCUCGCUGUUCAAGCUCUCCUGUGAGAGUGUGUUCAUUAACAACGUGUAUGGUAUCACCUUCACCGUGGUGUUGCUCACCAGCUCCAUCGGCACCAUCGUGCUGACGUACACCAAGAUCACCGUGGUCUGUCUGACCAGCAACAACAAAUCCCUGAACAGUAAGGCCCUGAAGACCUGCAGCACUCACCUGCUGAUCUACCUCAUCAUGGUGUUCAACGGGAUGUCAAUCAUCACGCUGCACCGCUUCCCUCAGUACUCAGAUUACAGGAAACUGUGCACCAUCCUGUUCCACAUUGUCCCGGGCAGCCUGAACCCCGUAAUCUAUGGUGUGCAGUCCAAAGAGAUCAGGAAGUUCUUUUCAAAGUUACUCAGACCUGUUGGGACUGGCUCAAAGCAGAAAGGACUCGCAUGCCAGGAAUAG